GUUUCGUCUACUGUGAUGGGCAAGCUAAAUCUUUGCAUCCACUGGCCCCAGCGUAACUUUUUUGCUCUACCUAGUAAUGACGAUUAGUAACAAUUCGGAUUGAAUUAAGAUUUUUUUGUUAUAUUGAGAGACUACAAUUGUUAGAUAAUCCGCGGGUGAGCUAAGCUACAAGAUCAGUAUUACUCGGAAGUCGGUGAUGUGUAAACCUCUGCUUAAGUUUUUGUGAAUAGUGUGAUUCCUGUGCCCAGAACCUUUAUGAAGAUGGUACCACGAAUAAUGAUCAAUUUGUUCAUCAUAAUUGCUUGUUUGUUUUUACCGGCACAAUGUGCGCGUAUUUUAGCAGUAUCUUCAUUCCCGGGCAAAAGUCAUUUUCAGAUGACUUCCACAAUUAUAAAAGAAUUAACAUAUCGUGGUCAUGAGGUGACCUUCGUGACAAACUUUCAUAUAGAAGAAAAUCUAUCAAAUUAUACAGAAAUUUUAAUUAGCCCGAUUCACGAUUUUUGGAAGGAUGCCAAACACUUAUUCAAAACAGACGAUUUGUUCUCCCUCACUGAAAUGACUACAGACGACUUCAAUCAGCUAGUGCAGUUGAUUGGCUUGACAACAACGGACUAUGCUAUGAAACAUCCGAAAAUUCAGAAGUUGCUGCACGAUACUGAACUACAGUUUGAUUUGUUAUUAGCUGAACAGUUUUAUCAGGAGGCAUUUUUAGCGCUAGCAUAUAAGUACAAGGUUCCAGUGGUCACAAUGACAACACUAGGAUUUGGUAACUACAUGAGUCAAAUGAUGGGCUUCAUUACACCUUUCUCGUUCGUACCACACGGGUAUUUGCCUUUUGAUGAUCACAUGACUUUAUACGAACGAUUUCUGAAUGCAUACGACUCUCUCUAUGAAGACUUUGAUCGUGAGAUGAUUUACUUCCCAAAACAGGAUGCAUUAGUGAGAAAGUAUUUUUCUCAUUUGGAAGGACCAAUACCUUCUGUGUCGAAAAUGGAGAAAAACAUCUCAGUUAUACUGUUAAACAGCCACAUUCCGCUGACCACUCCACGACCAUCGGUGCCAGGUAUGAUUCAAAUAGGAGGUGUACACAUAAAAGAACCCAAACCAUUGCCAAAGGAUAUCAAAGAAUUUUUAGACGGAGCAGAACAUGGUGCCAUUUACUUCAGUUUGGGUACGAAUCUACGAAGCUCCGAUAUCCCACCCGAAAAACUUUCUGUACUACUUAAAGUUUUCGGGAGCAUGAAACAACGCAUUUUAUGGAAAUGGGAAGAUGAACAGAUCCCACAACUACCCAAAAAUAUAAUGGUUAAGAAAUGGAUGCCUCAAAGUGAUAUUUUAGCUCACCAUAAUGUUAAGGUUUUUAUUACCCAUGGUGGGUUGUUCGGAACACAAGAGGGUGUAUAUCGUGCUGUACCCAUGCUGGGAAUUCCCAUCUAUUGUGAUCAGCAUCUAAAUAUGAAAAAAGCAGCAAAAGCCGGCUAUGCUAUAUCUCUUCAUUUUCCAAACAUUACGGAAGAAUCAUUCUCAUGGGCGUUAUCCGAACUUUUGUAUAAUCCCACAUAUAUGCAAAAUAUGCAGAGAAUAUCCACGAUAUUUCGGGAUAGACCGAUGCCAGCGUUGGAUACAGCAAUGUAUUGGAUUGAAUAUGUUAUUCGAUAUAAAGGAGCUUCACAAAUCCGAUCCGCAGGACGGGACUUGCCAUGGUAUAGCUUCUAUUUACUAGAUAUAGCUGCUAUUGUGCUUGGGGUGGUAUUCACUGUAAUUAGUAUUAUUUGCUUAUUAUGUUCUGCGUUAAUAAGAUCCAAAAAAGGUUCUAAAAAAGAGAAGCAUCAUUGAUCUGGAUUUUCAUGGGUACUAGGUGACAGAAUUAAAUAUUACUGUGUAAUUCCUUUCUAAUGUACUUAGCAUUAUAAGAAAUAUAAAAGUUGUUCCUAAUCUAGGAGAAUAAUAAUAAAUCAUUGUUAGCAGAUCUUA